AUGCGUCUUGGCGCGUGGUGGCUUUUGUGCUUGAUCGGUGCCGUUGCUGUACUUUUGCCGGGGAUCUACUCGACGAAAUGGAUGAUGAAUAAACGCCUCAUUCCGAAAUGGUGGCCACAAAUGACGAGCACAAAACAAAAAACUCGAAAAUCGAAUCGCUCUUUGUUCAUCGGACCCUAUCGCUUAAAUGCGAAGAUUUUGAGACAACUCAAUGGCGCUCAACAGAUACGGUAUCGA